AUGGCCGCGGCUUCGUCCCCGCCCAGGACCGAGAGGAAGCGCUGGGGCUGGGGCCGCCUGCCGGGCGCCCGGCGGGGCAGCGCGGGCCUGGCCAAGAAGUGCCCCUUCGCGCUGGAGCUGGCCGAGGGUGGCCCGGCGGGCGGCGCGCUCUACGCGCCCAUCGCGCCUCCGGGCGCCCCCGGGCCCGCGCCCCCCGCCGCGCCCCCCGCCGCUGCCGACCUCGGCCCGCGGCCGCCCGUGAGCCUCGACCCGCGCGUCUCCGUCUACAGCGCGCGCCGCCCGCUGCUCGCGCGCACCCACGUCCAGGGCCGCGUCUACAACUUCCUCGAGCGCCCCAGCGGCUGGAGGUGCUUCGUCUACCACUUCGCCGUCUUCCUCAUCGUGCUGAUCUGCCUCAUCUUCAGCGUGCUCUCCACCAUCGAGCAGUACGUCACCCUGGCCACGGGGACCCUCUUCUGGAUGGAGAUCGUCCUGGUGGUGUUCUUUGGGACGGAGUACGUGGUCCGCCUCUGGUCAGCAGGAUGCCGCAGCAAGUACGUGGGCAUCUGGGGGCGGCUGCGCUUCGCCCGGAAGCCCAUCUCCAUCAUCGACCUCAUCGUGGUCGUGGCCUCCAUGGUGGUCCUCUGCGUGGGCUCCAAAGGGCAGGUGUUCGCCACGUCGGCCAUCAGGGGCAUCCGCUUCCUCCAGAUCCUGAGGAUGCUACAUGUUGACCGCCAGGGAGGCACCUGGAGGCUCUUGGGCUCCGUGGUCUUCAUCCACCGCCAGGAGCUGAUAACCACCUUGUACAUCGGCUUCCUGGGCCUCAUCUUCUCCUCAUACUUCGUGUACCUGGCUGAGAAGGACGCAGUGAACGAGUCGGGCCGCGUGGAGUUCGGCAGCUAUGCAGAUGCCCUGUGGUGGGGGGUGGUCACGGUCACCACCAUUGGCUACGGAGAUAAGGUGCCUCAGACGUGGGUCGGGAAGACUAUCGCUUCCUGCUUCUCCGUCUUCGCCAUCUCGUUCUUUGCGCUCCCAGCGGGCAUCCUCGGCUCUGGGUUCGCCUUGAAGGUGCAGCAGAAGCAGCGGCAGAAGCACUUCAACCGGCAGAUCCCAGCCGCGGCCUCGCUCAUCCAGACCGCAUGGAGGUGCUACGCUGCUGAGAACCCCGACUCCUCCACCUGGAAGAUCUAUGUCCGGAAGCCCUCCCGGGGCCACGCGCUGCUCUCCCCCAGCCCCAAGUCCAAGAAGUCUGUCAUGGUAAAGAAAAAAAAGUUCAAACUGGACAAGGAUAAUGGGGUGAGCCCCGGAGAAAAGACGCUCACGGUCCCCCACAUCACGUGCGAUCCCCCGGAAGAGCGGAGGCUGGACCAUUUCUCUGUCGACAGCUAUGACGCUUCCGCGAGGAAGAGCCCCACACUGCUGGAUGUGAGCCCAGCCCACUUCAUGAGAACCAACAGCUUUGCAGAGGACCUGGAUCUGGAAGGGGAGACACUGCUGGCACCCAUCACCCACAUCUCACAGCUACGGGAGCACCAUCGAGCCACCAUCAAGGUCAUCCGGCGCAUGCAGUAUUUUGUGGCCAAGAAGAAAUUCCAGCAAGCACGGAAGCCUUAUGAUGUGCGGGAUGUCAUCGAGCAGUACUCUCAGGGCCACCUCAAUCUCAUGGUGCGCAUCAAAGAGCUGCAGAGAAGGCUGGACCAGUCCAUCGGCAAGCCCUCCUUGUUCAUCUCCGUCUCAGAAAAGAGCAAGGACCGUGGCAGCAACACCAUCGGCGCCCGCCUGAACCGGGUGGAAGACAAGGUGAUGCAGCUGGACCAGAGGCUGGUGGUCAUCACGGACCUGCUGCACCAGCUGCUCUCCUUGCACCGUGGCAGCCCCCCGGGCGGCGGUCCCCCCAGCGGGGGCGGGGCCCAGGUGGUCCAGCCCUGCAGCGGAGGCAGCUCCAUCAACCCCGAGCUCUUCCUGCCCAGCAACUCCCUGCCCACCUACGAACAGCUGACAGUGCCCGGAAGGGGUCCCGACGAGGGGUCCUGAUGGGGGCUUGGGGCAGGGGUGCAGCCUGAGAGGGGAGGCCCAGAGUAGCCCCUCCCAGCUUGCCCCACCUCCCUCUCAGCAAGGGGCACUCACCUGGUCACGAAGGCCCAAGAGAACAGCCCCAUGCUCCAAGGCCCAGGACAGCCAGUGGCCACGCCACCUGGCGGAGCCUGAGCCUGGGGGUUCGCCAAGGCCACCCCUUCCAGGUCAGUGGGCACUAGAACUUCGCUGGGUGUGGGGUCCCUCUCAGGAAUGAACCAUCACCCCUGAGCUCUGGCCCUCCCCCCAUCCUGAUGACAAUAUCGCUUGCAUGGUGGCUGGGACACAGGUGUAUGGGGUCAGGCUGGCCUCCCUAGGGCCACAUUUAGUGGCAUGGGCCUGGCCCGUGUAUAGCCAGGAAGCAGCACGAGCCGGGCGCAGGCCCACCCUGAUUGGCCCAGGGGGCUUCCUGAGGGGAGACAAAGGAACCGCCUGGACAAGGGCCAUGGGUAGCCUGACCCCCAGCCUCAAAUCCAGGACCCACAGGGAGCAGGCAGGGCAGGGCAGGCCCAGCCCUUGCUGACUAGAGGACAGCCCGUGACAAAGGCCUGCCAGGGCCCUGGGCUGGGUUUUCUCACUCCCAAGAGAUGCUGCCCAUGAACAGGGGCCUGGGACAGGCACACCUGAGACCACAGCUUCCCUAGGUGCCUCACUGAGAGGGGAGGGAACCCACCUCCCUGCUGUGGGCCGGCAGCUUCUCGUACCCAUUCUGGAGAGGAGGGUCCCCCAAACCCUGCUCUGCACAGCCCCC